AUGGUGUAUGCAAGAGGAUUUUACUUAUAUAUAGAUGGGAUGCCGGUGUUCUGUCGCGUAGUCGGAAUUGGACCGGAGCUGGCGGUGAUAGGCGGUCUCGACCCGGUGACACAUCAGCAUCUGAAUUCAGUUUUCAUCUACAACUUCUUAUCCGCCACGUGGAGGCGCGGCGCCGACAUGCCAGGAGAGGAUCGGAUGUUCUUCGGAUGCGCGGCAUCGGCGGACGACAGGACAGUGGUGGUUGCCGGCGGAAGGAACUGGGACAAUUUCUGGCUGAAAUCAACCUUGGCGUACGACGUGGCAAGGGACAUGUGGACGACGUUGUCAGACAUGUCAAUUGGGAAAACCGAAUGCACGUGCGUGUUCCAUCGUGGCAAGUUCCACGUACUCACCCGCUAUAACAAGGACACACAAGACGAUUCCAAACAAAUCGUCGAAACACUCGACCUUGUCACCCGCCAGUGGCGCGUAACCGACAUAGUUACAGACUACACCAUCAUACCGUUUCAGUCUACCUAUGUAGAUAUCGGUGGAGUAAUAUACACGGUCAAGGGAAGACGUGACGUGGUUGCACUAGUGGACACCACGUGGGUGUUUGUCGCAAAAAUCCCAAAAGAUACAUUCUAUGCGACAUAUGUGACAGGGUGGCCGGAGAAUAUGAUGGUUAUUCGAAGUGUAAAAUAUGGUCAUGAAGCUAAGAGAGCUUAUGUGCUGGAAUUGAAAACUAAGAAAUGGACCAGAGUAAAAAUCCCAAGUGAGUAUUGUGGCGGCGUUCAAUUCAGUUGUUGUAUACACAUUUAA